CUUUGGUCAAACUUUCCGGCGCGGUUUAGUUUAUGUUGUUGUACCUACUUAGAGUUGAUUGUUGAGAUUGUUGAUUUUGAUGAAUAUUUGCAUUUGUUAAAUUAAAUUACAGUAGCUAUCAUAAAAAAAGCGUUAUGGUGCAAAACGAUAACGACUCCUGGUCACCAGACCACACAAUUAAAGUUUUGAUAGCCUCAGACAUUCAUCUGGGCCACCUCGAAAAUGACGAUGUGCGCGGUGAGGAUAGCUUCAUAGCCUUCGAGGAAGUUUUGUCUCUGGCCGUUCAAUACGAUGUGGACUUGGUCCUCCUGGGAGGGGACCUCUUCGACCACGCGAAGCCUUCUCCGAGUUGUAUGUUCAAGUGCACACAGAUCAUUCGGAAAUACUGCUUGGGAGACAAGCCGGUCAACAUAGAGGUACUGUCGGAUCAAUUCGAAAACUUUUCUCGAGCCGUGAACUAUGAAGACCCGAAUCUGAACGUGUCAUAUCCCAUACUCUCCAUCCACGGCAACCACGACGACCCGGUGGGCCAGGACGGCGUCAGCUCUCUCGACAUCCUGUCCAUCACCGGGCUCGUCAACUACUUCGGGCGCUGGACGGACUACACGCACGUGCGCAUCUCGCCCGUGCUCAUCCGCAAGGGCGACACCAACCUGUCGCUGUACGGCCUCAGCCACAUCAAGGACCAGCGGCUCGCGAGGCUGUUCCUCGAGAAAAAGGUAAACAUGGACCUGCCGGAGGACGGAAAUGACUGGUUCAACGUUUUAGCACUCCACCAGAACAGAGCAGAUAGGGGCCAUAAUAAUUUCAUCCCAGAAAAUGUGCUGCCCACAUUUUUAGAUCUCGUUGUAUGGGGCCACGAACAUGACAGUCAAGUCUUCGCCACCAAAGAUAUCAAGAGAGAAAAUGGAUGUUUUUGUGUGAUUCAACCCGGAAGCACCGUGGUUACGUCUCUGGCGGCGGGCGAGGCGCUGCCCAAGCACUGCGCCCUGCUGCAGCUGCAGCGAAAGGAGUACGUCGUGACGCCGCUGCCGCUCAAAACCGUGCGCCCCUUCAUAUUCAAAACCGUGGUGCUGUCCGAAGAGAACUUGGGCGACGAAGAUGUCAAUGAAAAGGAGAAGGUACAGAACUUCCUAAAGGAAAAGGUCAACGAAGCCAUCACCGAGGCACAAUCUCUCCACAGCGGGGAUCCCAAACAGCCCCUGCUGCCCCUCAUCAGACUCAGCGUCUUUUUCGAACACGAAGGCCAAGAUUUCAAUCGAGUACGAUUCUGUCAAAACUUCAACGGUCUGGUCGCCAACCCUAAAGAUAUUCUCAUCAUGAAAAGAGAGAAGAAAGUGCGAGAGCGAAAGGAGCGAGCGGAGGAAGAGGAGGACGACGUGGACAUGAGCGCGGCGGCCGUGGAGGCCACGGACGUGGAGGCGCUGCUGCGCGCCUACUAUGCGGCGCAGCCGGCCGACCGCCGGCUCACCGUGCUGUCCGUGCGCGCCGUCACCGACGCCGUGCGCGACUUCACGCUGAAGCGCGACGACGACGUGUUCCGCCGCACGCUGGACGCGCACCGCCAGCACGCCGUGGAGCAGCUGCUGCAGUCCAGCGCCGAGACGCCCGCCGAGGUGGACGAGCAGCUGCGGCUGAGCAAGGCGGCGCUGGACGCGGCCGACGAGGAGGGCCUGCGCGCGCUCAUCGCGCAGGCGGCCGCGGCGGCCGUGGCCGGCAAGAAGGCGGCCGCCGCCAAGCAGGACUCCAUCGUGGUCUCCAGCGACGAGGAGCAGCCGGCGCCGACGCGCGGGCGCGGUCGCGGCGCGCGCGGCAACCGAGCGCGGCGCGGGCGCGGGCCGGCGCGCGCCAAGCCGUCGCCGCCGCCGUCGCCGCCGCCCGAGCGCCGCAGCACGCCGCGCCGCUCGGCCGCGCAGAAGACUACCUCGUGGCUGCAGAGUCUCACCACGGAGCGCGCGACGCGUCGCCGCCGCGACUCCUCCGACAUUGAAAUUUCAGAUGAUUAAAUUGAAAAAUCUUUCCUUAAUUCCAUUUUUUGUAUAAUUUAUAUGUCGGUUCAUAGGUCGGACUGCCGUCUUCGUGAUCUGGUUAAGUACCUAUGUAAUAAUAAGUAGAACAUAAUAAUUUACGAAUACAUUAUUCAUACUAAGUA